ACUUGGGAGGAAGGGUUGGAGGGGGGCGAGGGAUAAAAGACUACAAAUAGAGUGCAGUGUACACUGCUCAGGUGAUGGGUGCACCAAAAUUUCACAAAUCACCUCUAAAGAACUUACUAAUGUAACCAAAUACCACCUGUACCCCAAUAACCUAUGGAAAUUUUUUUUAAAAAGGGUGCGAGAGAGAUAUUACAGGACCUUCUAAAGAGAGCAAUUAGGAAAGUGGUCAUAAGAAGAAAGAGCGACGUCAUUCUAUUCAAUAAAGCUGAAGCUUUCUGAGGUUCAGAAAGGAAAAAAGGAAAAAUGCAGAAGGGAGGAAAGGAGUAAGGAAGACUUUUUCCUAGGAGACAAGUAGAAUCCCCAGAGCUUAGCAGAAGGUGACAGCAAAGAGUUAAAGAAAGGAAAUUUAACUCUGUGAGGUUUGUGGGAAAGAGUGUAAAUGCAGGCCCCAUGAUUGUCGGGGCUGGCACCCGUGAUCCUACUGAACACAAGGCUUCUCCUCAGGACUCCGGCGCACCACACAGGUUCCCAGUGUUCCCAGUAUUUGGCUGGGGCAGGGCACGCCAUAGCAGGCAGUUUCCCUUCCAUCCCCCUUGGGCCAUACUGGAUCCGUCCUUCUGGAAACAAUGACUGAUAAAGCAGAGAAGGUUGCUGUAGAACCUGAAAACGUGUUUAAACGUCUCAGGGAAUCUGAGAGUCCUUCAUCUCAGAAAAGGCAGAAGAUGGCCCUGUUGUUAAGGAAACAAAGAGCAGGAGACAGCCUUAUUGGAGGCUCUGCCAUGUCCAAGGAAAAGAAGCUUAUGGCAGGAGAUGGUAUUCCACCAAGCCAAUUGGAUUCUCGGUUUGAUGACUUCAGUGGCUGCAGCAAAGACGGGCUGAUGCAGAAACCUGGUAGAAAUGCACCUGUAGGAGGAAUCAUUACCAGCAAUUUCCCUGGAGAUGACCUAAAAGUCACAGAAAUACUCCCUUUUCCAAAAUGUCAAGAAGAAAUUAAUGCUGAUAUAAAACGUCAAUUAGUGAAGGAAAUUCAACACUUUAGACGAAAAUAUGAAAAACUCUUCAAAUUGCUUGAAGGACUGCAAGGACCUACAGAAGUCAAGAAAUGAUUUUUUGAAUCCAUCAUCAAGGAAGCCACAAGAUUUAUGAGACAAGACUUAAUUCAGCACCUUGAGAAGAAACUGGAACAAAUGAUUUCUGGCUACUUGUUCAAGAAGGAUCAUCUCACCCCAAAUGCAUAAUCUUGUUAAUGACUGAGGAGGAAAAAAGGAUCAAAUUGCUGUUUUCUAGAAUGGAGCAGGAUAUUGCUGAAGCCUCCUAAGCAUGUGUUAGUGAAUAAAAUGGCCUUCCAGAGGCUAAGACAUUUCUGUUAAAAAAAAGAAAAAAAAAAAAGAAUGUAAAUGCAGUUAGUGUAGGCACCAUAGAUUUAUCUGAAAAGUAUAAUGGAAAUUCUAAAAUAAAAAUAACAAUCUAGUGAUAAAUAACACUUAAACGGGCUGAAGCCUCUAGGAUCAGAAUUUUCAGAAUGCUCACUGAAUUUCUUUCCGGUAUAUACUGCUCUUCCAACUUGAAUGGAGCUAACUUCAGUUUCUUCCUACAUUCAUAAAACUAUUAUGAGUACCAUCUCCAUGGGUGAGGAAAUGCGGAAUGUCAUUUAAAAAAAAAAAAGAGAGAGAGACAGGGCCUCACUAUGUUGUUCAGGCUGGCCUCGAACUCCUGGGCUCAAGCAAUCUUCCCACCUCAGCCUCCUGAGCAGCUGGGACUACAGGCAUGUGCCACUGCACCCAGCUAAUGCCUUUUUUUUUUUUUAAUGGCCAUAGUCUGAACCACUAACCCCUGCCAGUUACCUACACAUGUACAUUUCCUGAUGACAAUUAUUACAAGGACCUGCAAAGAUAGAUGACCCAAAUAUCUCCACCACUAUUGGGAAGUUGAAAAAGAAAUCACACAUAUAGCUGAUGAUAAAUAACAGUAUCUUCUCUGACCUACAAAAUGCAUUACUCUAAAUGCAAACCCUCUUUUCAGUAUGCUUACAUUAACCAAAAUAGUUUUGUAAAGCCAAAAUGAAAUGUAUAUGGAAUUUUAAUAACAACAGAUAAGCAUCUACAAAUGAACCAAAAACAUCCAAAACACAAAACGUAGCACUAAGCAUGAUAGUAUUCACGUAAUACUAGGGAGCUUGGCUGAUGACAAGAAGUAAACUCUUAAUUUACUAAAAGCAUUCAUUGGGUUUUUAGUACUAUUUUAUGUUUUCUUCUCUCUAGAUUAGAUAUUGUCUCAAAGAUCAACAGAAUACAUGAAAUGAAAUAAAGCCUUAACAAAAGAGAACAUCAUUAAUUUUAAUUCAUGUAUCUCCAGAAAGCAUUUAUAAAAGAACAUGCUUCAAGGAAAAAAUAAUAAUUUCACACUACCUCUAGCAAUAAUAAAGUAUUUCUGUUGAGAAAAUCAUCUUUCUCAAGCUCAGUAUUAUACUCAGAUCCUGUUGUGGCAACAAACACUUAAAGCUCUUUAAAAGGAGCCUUUAUGUCCAUUCACAUUUCAGCAAGAUAUCAAUUUAAAGUUUGUAUCAGGACAGACUUUUAAAAUAAGAUUAAACUUAAUAUGCUUAUUAUGAACAAGCCAAACAAAACCUGUAAUGGUCAUAAAAGCAAGGAGGUAUCCCUGAGUUCUCAAUGAUAAUUUAUUAUUUUUUUAAAGAUCGGUAUAUGUGAGAGAGUGAAACGAUUGCCAACUGUUCCUAUUCUGUGUCCGUAAUUCCCUAAGUUUGUACCUUUCCCAAAGAGGCUCAUGAAACGGAAGGGAGAACUUCCCAGGAAGCAGGAAUGCAAACCAGCAGUAUCCAGUGGUCUGUUUUACCUGUGCAUCACAUGGCAGCAAAAAUGCUACUUUUUUUACUAAAGUG